AUGAUUGUUGCAAUAAACGAAACACAAUUUUGUAUUUCGAAACCAAACAUACCUCCGAGUACCGAAAUGCUGAAUGAUGAUAGUGUGGCGACAAAUAGUGGUGACAAAGCAAAUUCUACUAGGACAUCCAGCAUUUCAUAUACGUCAGUUCUUAUUUUUUUAAAAAAAAAAAAGAAAAGCAGUAAUGUACUUGAUACAACAUCAACAGAUCCAGAGAAGAUCUUGAAUAAAGCAUCGAUUGAUUUUGAAUUUCGAUUUGUUGCAUCAGAAUUGGAAAAGAAGUGCCAUGAAUAUGAACGGAUUACCGAUACAACAAUAAAUAAUAAUACUGCCAAUGAAACACGAAAACAUGAUUAA